AAGCAUCAAAGGCCUCUAGGGUUUGAUUAGUUGCUUCGCCGCUGCUCGUAACCAAAGUGCCGCGCGAGCCGGUCAGCGAGAAAGCUCGAGAUGGGAGGGAAGUGCCCACACAGGAAGGUGAAGAAGCGGAGGUUCUCACACAAGAGCGCACGCCGCUCCAAUUUCCUCCUCAAGGGCGACGAUAUGGUGUUUGACGAGCUGAAGAAGCUAGUUGAAAGUGAAGAGACGAAGCCCUUGCCCUUGGAUGAGGAUCUACCCGGGAUGGGUCAAUUUUACUGUUUACAUUGCGACCGGCACUUCGCUAAUGAUGAGGUGAGGGAGGAGCACUAUCGUUCAAAGCGCCAUAAGAAACGAAUGAAGCAAAUAAAUGGACCUUCACCGCACAGGCAACUUGAUGCUGAGCUUGCUGCUGGAAUGGGAAUGCCUGAUAACGGUCCAAAACUCAUGACUAUGAGCUUCGGCUAGUCUUCUUCGUGCAGAUUUCCAUGGCUUGGUUAGGGUUGCCAUUAAAACAAAUGAAGCUUUUGUGUCAUCCACAUCACAGUGAUCUACAUUUUGGUUGCAUAUUGUGUUGUUUGAUUUCAAAAUUGUUUUAUUUAGAUGUGCACUGUUGUUUUUGGUUGAAAUUUGAUAAUAAUCUCUUUAUGGAUCCAUAAAAGAGUUAUGAAUAAGGUUUCAUUUGGGA